AUGUCACCACGUAGCGCAUGCGGCUGGCCCGAAUGGGAAGAGAAAAACCUUCUCUCUUGGCUGGAUUCCCGUCGGGGCCUGUCGUGGAAAGCCCUCUCCGACGCAUAUUAUGAAGAAUAUCAGGUGGAUCGAAGCGUUGAGUCUUUACGAGGGAAAAAGUACCAUAUUCUGCGGAAGCAGCGUCGCACUGGCGCCAAAGUCCCCGGUCGUUCAGGAAAACAAAAGCGCCCAGGCGACAUGCGGCGCUCGCUGGUCGAUAGCGGUUCACGAUCACCCCUGCCAGACAAUAACUCUGCCCAAAGGAACAUUGAUAAAUGGUUUCAAACAAUUCUAGCGGCCGACCCUAGCCAGUCUGGCGCCAGCGAUAAACCAGCUCAAACAGCACGGUCGAAAAUACGCUGCGUGACGCCAGCACCGCUUCCGUACUCGCCUCAAAGAACACGAUCGUCGUCCUGGAUGUGGGACUAUGUACAUCGUGUCUGUGCCGCCAGGAAAUUGAGAUACCGGCGAACAGAACGUCCACACUAG